UCUAUAAUAAAAAUAAUUUUUACAAAAUGGCUGAACUGUAAAGACGUAUUUUGAAAAUAAUACUAAAAUGGAGCUAUUAAACGAUUACUUUUCUCAAGAAAGCGAAACUGUGUGUUAUUCAGAAGUUACAUAUUACGGUGAUACAGUGUGUAACGCGAUUAACAAAGUGAUUAGCGUCGAAUCUAGCCCUUGGGUUUCGGACGAGGAAACAUUGGACUUGAAGUGUACAAUAAAGCCUUCUCCGAAUAUAUUUAAGCCUAGAGAUAGAGACUUAAGUAUGCGUGCGUGAGUGUAAAAUGGCUUAGCAUCCUCUUUGGACCUGUAAAAAUAGUGUACAAUUGUAAAAAUGCAUAGUUUUAAUGGUACGCGUCAAAGACGCAAUCUUUUGGAUAUUAACGGGUUCGCUCCGAUCCAUUUCCCGCUCACCAGUUAUUCAACAAACCCCGGAACGGAAACAAAAGAAGAAAUGAAGCAUACAUACGGGGGGGACACCUUGUUUUUUAACAAUUUACACCUAAUUCCUGAUCCACUCAAAAAAAAUUUGGCAGAUUCUGUAAUAACAGGUGAGGAAAAUAAGAAAAGAAAUAUGUUCGAGACAAAGACAACCGAAAGGCCUCAGAGGCCUCACAGGCCUGAUUAUUAUCCAUCUAUAGCAGGUAUAACAAGUUUCUUUUCUGGUGUUAUGAAUGUGAUGGGAGCAAUUUUUCAAAAGCGUACAUCUACACCACCAUCUCAAUAUUACGAUUGUUUUGAAAACUACAACGAACAGCAGAUGGCGCCGCCGGCCUGGCAAACUUCCAACAUUGAGGUUCAAAAUAAGAAUGAACGGGAGCCGUUCAAUUUUGCCAGUAACAAUGAAGUAAAUACAAAUUUGGAAACUGAAAUGAACACAGACUGUAGAAUAUCUGCUAAGCAUUGUGAGGACAAAUUGAACCAGGUUCAAUUGCUGUUGAGUAAAAAAAAUCAAAUAAAUGAGCAACCAUCAAAAUAUCAAUUAAACCGGCCCAGAAAGGCUUUCAUCGAGGCUGGCUCAGUGGAAGAAUCAUUCGAAGAUGCUUUUUGCCCCGAAGAUUUUGCCACCCUCGCCAACGACACAAUUAUUGAAUUUUACAGCCCAUAUAACUGCCACAAUGAAGUAUUUUCACAAGCAAAUGCCCCAAAACUUAAGACUGAAAUUUGUAAAGAAUCUACAGAUACAACCAAUAGUUUGCCUGUUGAAAACAAAGAAAUAGAGAAUCUUGAUGAGAAACCUGUGAUAAACGAUAGUCCUUUUGUAAAUACAGAUGAAGUAGUGUCCUCAUGUGAGGAUAAAUUAAGCAAGUUAAAAGCCUUGUUGCAAAGGGGAAAGAAAGUUGUAAAUACAGAGCCGGAAGUGACACAAAAACAUCCUGAAGUUUCAAAUCCUAUACCAUUACCAGACUGGAAACCAGAAAACCCUAAUGAUGUGAGUGAUACUGUGUUUGGCACAGAAAUAAAUUCAGCUGAACUACACAGCUCUCAAGACAGUGACUAUUUCAACGAAGUCACUGGUAAGUUCUUUGCGUCGUCAUUGGAAAGUGAUGACUCGUUUCAAAUAGUCUUCUCUGACAGCCCUCGCAAUUGUAGGAGAAGGAUCCCCUCUGAAUGUGACUCAGAAGACUCGUUUAUUGUUUUCGAGGAAUCACCAGACAACUGUUAUACAUCACACGAUGUAUUCGGUGAGGAGAUUGAUGUCAAUCAUUCAGACUCAGAUUCUGAAGUUGAAGAAGACUCAAGCAUCACUUGCAAGAUAGCCCAUAACCUGUCGCGGACUUUUGGUGAUUUGACAGACGACAGUUUGUAUAGUCAAGAUGUUGUUGACAGUGUACAAGUAUGUGACAAAACAUCUAACAACAACCUCCUCGAACCUGAUAGCAGAUCUGUGAUAGAAGAUAACAGGAGAAGUCUACUGCUGAGUGAGAAGAAAAAAUCUGACAAGAGAAAGUUGCCACCAAAAAAGGUCACCUUCUCUUCACAACCGCCGAAAGUCCACGUGAUGAGGGUUUGGGCCUUCGCAGCGAGACAGGCGAGGGCCGGCGAGUGGGAGCGCCACGCACUCGACAGAGAACGGUUCAAGAGACGAAUAGCGGAUGUUGAAAUGGCUAUAUCAUGGGUGUUCAAACGCCAGCAUCGAACUCGUAUAGUCUUCCAACGUUUCAGACCGUGGUGGAACGCGGAAAGACGCAGAGAACUCGCGGAAAAGAAAGAAAAAGAAGAACGAGAUAAGGAACGAAAGAAAGAAGAAGAAAAUGUUGAACACAACGGAGAAGGUAAUGUGGUAAAAGAAACUGAAGAUGCUAAGGAAAAAGACAUUGUUAUAGAUUCUAAUGUUAAUAGUAUUGAAACUACAGAACAAGGUGCUGAUUUAAAUGGAUUUGUUGGUAAAAAUGAUGUAGGAUCUGAUGAAACAAUACAAUGUAAUGAAAAUAACUCAAAUCCUUGUAAUGAAUCAGGAAACUUAAACAAUACAGACAGACGAGACGCAGAACUUCCGAAGCCCGUAGAAACCAUAUCUAAUACUGCUAUAGUCCAAAAUGGACCUAAAAACGGAAUAAAAGAGUCUGUUGCAAUUGCUUACAAUUUAAAUAAUACACAAGAUAUAUUAAUCAGAGACGGAAGCGUCGACACUUGACGAUAUGUCUACGAAAUUGGAUAGAAAAGUCCACAACACCUGACUGAAAAUAUUCGAUACCGGUUUUGACAAACCUUUUAAGAACUACAGUAUUGGAGGAUGAAUAAAAAUACGGUUUUUAAAGGCGUAACAAAUGAAACGAAUCUAUGUACUAUGAUGAUUUGCUAUUACUAUUUCAGAGUCUUAUUUUCUAUCAUGUAUUUGUUUAGACUUGACUUGAACAAUUCGUUCUUAACAUCAAUAUCUAAAGCUUCUAAAAAUUCGCUAGAUGACCAGUCUUUUGCGAUUGAAAAAUUACUAACUUUAUAACUGAAAGAUGCACCUUUUGAAAAGAAUAUUCGCUAUAUCUUUUGUUUUAAAUAUCCCAUUCCCCUCCGACUAGUAAGGAAAGACUGUAUUAGGAGUGGGUACGACAAUAGACCGACAGAGCGGGGAUCAUCGAACCACCACCCUCAGUGAAUCCGACCGCUAUUACCGUUGAGCUAUUGAGGCUAUAUUUUCAUUGCUUUCCAUCAGGCAUGAUUGUAGUCAAGCGCAAGUCUAUAAAACAUAAAAAUAUCAUCCGAAAUCCGAAGACCAACUUUUGGUAUUGUAACAAGUCAGUAUAUUGAAUCAGUCACAGUAAGUAGCCGUAGCGAAUUUUUUAUCCGAGAAGAUGCCAAAAUAAUGAGUAAAUACUAAAUUGACAUCUGUAAAACUAAUUGACAAAAGUUUGACACUUUUAAACUGUUUAAUACAGAUGUCCCGUAAUUAAAUAGGAAAUAAAACCGGUCAAAAAUAAAACCGGUUUGACCGGUUUUAUUGGGACUUUCAAUGGAAGUUAGAGCUACAUAUAGGCCUUAUCCUGUAAAAAUCGGAGAUUGAAAAUUUGUGUGAAAACCCGAAUUUUACGCGUAUAAAGUAGCGGGCAUCCGCUAGCUUGACACUUAUCAAAAGGUUGUGAGAACGGCCCUUAAUGUUUUAUUAGCAUUAUUAAACAAUAUCUUCCAUUAUCUAAAAAAUGUAGCGAAUUUUUAUCAGCACUUUUAUUGUACACAUUUUAUUUCUAUUGAUAUUUUAUUUUUUUUAAUUUUUUUCUGUAGUUCGUAGCUUUAUUUCAUAUGUUUCCUUUUUGUCUGUGAAGUGACAUUUGCCACAAAAUGACCUUGCGAAUUUUUAGUCGAAUUAGUUUUUUUUUUUUAUUAAAAAAUAUUUUCGACACUAUUACGUAAAUGGGAUACAAAUCCAGGGGUUUCUCGAGAUGUUUUAACGGAAUUUAAACGAAAUCUAUAGUAAUGUAAGCACUAUUUAGAGAACCAGGCAUGUUACGUCUCAUCAAAAAAAUCGAAAAAGUCCGCCUGAACAGUACUUGCGGACUGUUUCGAUUUUUUUUUAUUAGGAGUAUAGUUUGUCUUUUUGAUUUUGGAUGUAUACUCCGCACCACGAAACAAGUCCCGUAGACGCCGCGCGAAUGUCUUAAUGGCGCUCAUUGUCAUUCGGUGAUGGCGGUCUUUUUGUCAUUUGUGAAAGGCGCUAGCAAUUUUAGAUCUGGUUUUAGCCGCGGGACUUCUUUCGUGGCGUCCAAUGGUAAGGUUACACAAGCAUUUGAUUAUUGACAGACAGCGUGUCGGUGUGUAAAACUGAAGGAACGUUCUUAUAAAGUCCGCCCGCUCAGAGAUUGCGUUUCUGACAGGUCGUGAUCGAAGGUCGUACAUAAAAUACGCUAUAAUCAAGCGUGACGCGACUUCAGGUAGGUGGGAGGAGCGCGUUGAUGCCCUGCCGCCGCGCAUAUACGUUACCGCUUAUACUUAAAAUCUUAUAUUGUAAGAUUUUAAGUAUAAGCGUAGGUACUGUACCUUCAGUUUAUACACACAAACGCGAUUGGCCUGUCAUCCUUCCACAACGUUCCAAUCACAAAUGGACUUCCCGGAAGAGAUUAUAAUAAAAAUUAAAAAAAAAACAAUGAAGUUGGUGCCUAAACCCGGAAUUUCUCGGCUACUUAGCCUAAGAAGUUCAUAAAUUUAGUAAUAGUUUAAGUGAAUGUUCCGUGCCUGGCUAUGCCACGCUACAUAACGCUUAAAUUGUUGCUAAAUAAGCAAUGGGAUCUUCUUAAUUGAACAAACCAUUUUAUAGUUAAGGGAUAAAAAGGCCCCUUAACAGACUUGAAAUUAUUAUUCUUAAUGAAUAUCACUACAAUUUUCAAUAUUUGUAAAGAUGAAUUAAAAAUAUUGGACAUGUAUUAUUGUCAUUGACAACAAAAUAGGAAUAUGCAUGAUUUUUUUAUAUUUUAAAUUGAUUCCUGACUUCGUUAAACUAUUAAAAAAAUUAAAUCUCAAGCGAAAAUUGUUUUACGCUGCAAAAUCCAAAUAUUCACUUGAAAUAUCUAAAAUUCUUCAAUUGAAACCAUGUGUACCGUGACGUCACAAAUGUCAAACCUGACCGUCGUGCGAUUACGUAUUGAAGUUCCCAGUUAUUUUACACAAUUCAUAAUUUAAACUGAACAAAUAGAAAAAAGAAAUUGUUGUAAUUAUGAAUACAGUAAAAGCUCCUUAUUCACGCUUCCUUUAUUCACGUUUUCACUAUUCGCGGAUUAAAAAAAUGCGUCCCAAUUCCUAUAUUCGCGGCUAAAUAUUUCGUUAUUCGCAGAUCUGACUGACGAAACUGACGUAAAAUCUGCAAAUUUAAACUUUAACUUGCAAAUACCUAUUACAAAAAUUGCGAAUGAAUAGUUUAAGAAUGCCACUGCUUAAAAUCACUCUGAAUAGAAGCUUUUAAAAAAUGUCAAGCAAAAACAAAUUUCAAAAUUCUUCAAACCAUUGUCUAAGACUAAAGAUAGUUAAAUCAAUAACUUUCAUUAAUUGUUUUUUUCUUUAUAUAUUUGUUUUUUGUUUUGUCACCCAAGAACGUAUCCCUUAUAAUUCCAUGUAAAAUACCAUCCCAUAUUCACGGUUUCUGUAUUCGCGACACAUUCAGAGAACGUAUCCCCCGCGAAUAAAGAGCUUUUACUAUACAUACAAAUAUGAAUACAAAAUAUAAAGAAAAUGUCUAAUUCGAGACACAUGCAUAUUACCUAUUAACAAUCGUUUUGUGACCAUUCCAAGCAUUUGGUUCACCAUCCGAUAAAGGCACUGUCAAAGUUGUCCUAAAGGUGAAGUAGAACUAUAUUAUAUGAGGAUGCUAAGUGCCUAACACAUUGAUCAGACUGAUUAAAACACUAGGUCCGCAAAAUUGUAAAAAAAAAAUCGAAAAAAAAAACGCACAGUCAACUCAGUGCGUGGAAGAAAGAAAGCCAUUGUAUCAUCAUAAGUUUGUUGUAAUUUCUAUAUAAUAAAAUACACAAUAAUAUAGUUUAUUCUGUAAUUUGUAAAACUAGGUUAAACGAAAAAAAAAAUAUAUAAUAGUGAUUAGCUGCAAUUAUUAUGUUCUUAAAGAAAAAUGAUUUAUUUUUAAUGGUCUUACGCUCUUAAAGAAAACUUAUCUAUUUUUAAUGGUCGUUGUUUUUUUUUUUAAGAAAAUAUUUAUAAAAACGGAAUAUCUUUUGCAUAGAUUUUGUUUAUUAUUAUUAUUUUGUUUUUUUAUUUCGUCGAUUAAAAAAAAAGAUUAUAUUUUAUAAUUUUUUACAUCAUACUCGUGUUAGUUUUUUUGCAUACAAAUCUUUAAAAAAUACUUUUCUUCUAUUUCGAUAGACGCUUUGUCUAUGUACUUCUCCAUUUAAAUAUAAGAGGGUAGUUUUAUGUUAUGGAGGGUAGAGGCACCAUGCAUCUAAAGGUGCUUGUAAACUUUACCUACUUUAUAUAAACGAAUUUUGAAUUUAGAACACAUUACAUAUAAAUUGUUUUCAGUUUUCUAUACCUCUAUCCUUCAUGUAUUUAUUAAAAUAACUGUUGAAAACAAUUAUGCACUGUAUAUUUUAUUCUAUCAUUUUGUGUUGCAAUUUUGUAAAUACUUCACGUUUUAUAUUCUAAGUACUCGCUUGAUGAUUGUGUACACUCGAUGAUGAGUAUUUUGUAUAGAAUGGUAACUAUACUAUCUAUUCGAGUUCUAAGUAGGCCGAUAGCGAUAAAAUACAAAUACUUUAUACAGAAUGUAAGUUGUGUUCACUCGUAAGAUAAUGUAACAGUGGCAAACACAAAAUAACCAUAAUAUGGUUAACCACAGUUUUACAGUGUGCCUAGUGGGAGUUUUCAAUAUUUUCAUAUUGUUACUAUAGCGUUGAGGUAAACAUGAAUUUAUAUGGAAUUGAAACAGUUGUGCAGUAGUGCCACUAGAUGGCGCUGUUUCAAUUCCUUGGAAAUUCGCGUUUACGUUAACGUAAUAGUAACAGUAUCGAACUGCCACUAGGCCCUCUGGUUGUGGUUAGUAUACUUAAUAUAGUUUUUAAAAAUGGUUUUUUGGUAAAAUUAUGUUUCUGAUAUUAUUAGAAUAAGUCAGUUCUAUAAAUACUUUUUUCUUUUAUAGUGUAUAGAGGACUCAUAGCGAAAUCUAGUGUAGGUAGCAACAAAAGAUCAUGUUUGUUUAAGUACACACACUAAUUAAACUGUCAAAGUAUUUUAUUUUUAUUCUUAAAAUUAUUGAUUUUUACAAUAUGCAAAACACCAUUUACCCCAUUGAGUUUUUAAAAUUCAGCAAAUUGUAUGAAAUCAAAUAAACUUUACUAAUUGCCACUGUUACCAUGUCUCUAUUAGCUAAGUCGUGUAAAUCAUAUAAGUGUAUUAUUAUAUAAUGUAAAUUCCUGUAAAAUUGCUUAUACAAAGAUAAUAUAUUAUUUCACUUUGGGAA